CUUUCAAACACCUCGCCGGCUUCGCUUGACUACAAUCCUCACGACAGCCUUCCAUCUUGUCUUGCGAAACACUGACAUCUUAGUUACCUCUUCCAUCCAGAGACAGACCAUUUCGGUCCGAUGGGACCCCAAGUCAUCCGAUUGCCCGACGGGCAGCUCAUCAGCGUCACUCCCGUGUUCGCCGGCCUCUUCUUCAAAUCCCACGAACUCAGUACUCCUCAACACGCUAUUCCCGCCGGCUGGAGCAUUGUCAUACAAACCGAAGAUGAUCGCAAGCCCGGCGAUUCUUCCAGCCACGACGCCAAGGAGGGCGACGAACACGGCGCCGAGUCGAAACCAGCCAUACACUCGUAUACCAAGCCCACGCUCCAGAAUGACAGCCUGUUCAUCUCCUCGGUUUCGAUGCCUGCUAGCAGCGACUUUAAGCCGGCCGCCAGCCCGACGCGACAGAUCGCCAUGAUGCUGUGGGUUACCCUGUACUGGUACUUCCACCAGCCCGCCCCUUCGCCCAUCCUACACACCGAGGCUUCCAAGUCCACGCCCACCGCCGGCCGCCCGCGUGGUGACUGGAAGAUUCGCAUCAAGAAGGACGGCGUCCUGCGCGGGAGGAAUCUCAUACCAAAACUCGAACGCAUGGGUCUCAUAGCCAGCGCCGAUUCCUCUGUUGGCACUGCCCUCGAUGACUCGGACGAGCCGUGGGCCAACAUGUUUGUCUCGCGCAAAAUGUUCUGGCAGAUACCCGGCCGUCUCUUCCUCUUCUCCCUCCAGCCAAACUUGAAGAACCUCAAGUCCUACCCCGGCUCCCCGGCCGUCAGUAGGCCUGGGUCCCCAUCCCAGAUCACGGACGUAUCCGAAUCCCAAGCUUCCUUGCCUCCUGGUUCCAUGCCAUCCUACCCCAUCGGUCCCUUCUUCAGCGCCUCCUAUCUUCCGACCUAUUAUCCUCCUGCGCCCCUGCAGUACACAAUCACCAACCAUGUGCGUCACCCCAUCCGACCAAAGCCUCCUCGUAUGGGUGAGGUCUUCUACACCCGCUUCGUGCCUUCCGUUGGCCAAUAUCUCGCUUUCCGUGUGGCAUCUCUUUCUGAAAACCCAGUACCUUAUUUCGGCCCCAUUGGUCCGAACCCACCUCAAGGACAGAACCAUCUCGGUGCCCAGAUGACGGACGUGGCACUGAUACAAGCCUGGCAUCAAAGCCCACGCGUCUCUGCUUUUUGGGGUGAGUAUUCGGUCAACUUCUUGACCAAUGCCCUCAAGAGUAGACACAGCUUCCCCGUCAUCGGCAUGUGGGAUGGUGUGCCCUUCGGCUAUUUCGAACUUUACUGGGUCAAGGAGGACUUGUUGGGUCGCUACAUUGGAGGGGAGUCAGCGAAUGACUGGGACCGUGGCGUCCAUGUCCUGAUAGGAGAGGAGUGGGCGCGUGGGAGAGUACAAGCUUGGCUUAGCAGUUUGGUGCACUAUGCGUUCACGGCAGAAUACAGGACCAUGAGCAUGUGUGUCGAGCCCAGGGUGGACAACACCAGGUUCAUUCAACAUCUUGAGUAUGCUGGGUUCACCAAAGAAAAGGAGGUGACGUUUCCGCACAAACAGGCAUGGUUUGGUCGGUUGAGGAGAGAAUCUUGGGAAGGACCUGCUCUAUGAGUUCAGUUCCCAUGCAGUAUACCACAAAUCUAGCGGACGGCACGUCCCUUUUAUAAGUAACACGCUCCUAAAACACAACGAGGGCUGUCGACGCGUGGAUAAUCCUCCCACGGACGCUUCACCUACUCAACUUUUCAUAUACCUGUUCAUCACUUCACGCCACAGCAACGGGCUAUCGGUUUCAGCGACCAAUAUACGGCUGGCUACAGCCAGUUCGUCCCUAGUUCUGACCUGCCAAGACUGCCUGGGACAGGAAGCCUUGACUUGGACCUCGUUCAUCUCCCAUCCAGAUUUGGCAGGUCUUUCUACGCAGAACAUGGCUACCAUGUACACAACGACUACCACCAACUUUAAGCUGGCACAGAGCAUUGUGUGAACCAGGAUUCUCACAAUCGGCGACUACCAACUUGACGGCAACCACUCGGCUUCUGCUUCACCGUGUUGCUGUACUACGCACCGCUCCUUUUCAGAUGUUCCUGUUGUGCCGGAUC